CUGGAUUAUUUCAGAAAAUACUGCAGUUGUGAUGAUUUGGAAAGUCAACAAUCAGAGCAGAAGAUGAACCUUGAUUCUGUGGAAGAAUCAAUCCAGAGCCUUCUGUCAGCGUUGUACCCACCCUAUGAAGCCACCGCCCCCGUUUUGCUGAGCCAGCUUUUCCAAAUCCUUGACAGUCAUUAUCAGAGAGAUGCCCUGAGGUGUUUCCUGGACUUUCUGGUCCCAGCCAAGCACAUUUUAGACACUGUGCAGCAGGCUGCAUGUGCUCAGUACUCUAACGUACUCUUCCUCUGCGAAGGCUGGCCACUCUGUUUACAUGACCAAGUUGUUGUCCACCUUGCUCCAAUCGACUCUUUUCUCCUUCAGCCUGGUGACUUUUAUCUCCAGGUGGUGCCAUUCUGCAGUCAGUCGGCUCGCAUUGUGGUCUGUAGCCUCCUGGAAGAGGAAGGGCUCAAUGUGCAAGUAGCAGAGGAGAUCCCGAUCCCUGAGACGUCUUAUCCUUGUAUAUUCAGCCGGGACUGGUUGAAUGAGCUCAACCAGGACCGUCGUGGCACACCACUCAGACAAUGCCUGGUUGCCACUGAGCAAGGCUUGGUGAGGUUACCAUGGGAACAGGUGGCUGUGCCUGAUUUUGUGCCACAAAGUGUUGAGAGUAGCAUGGCCUCUAGUCCUCGAUCAUAUCCACCUUUGCCACCUCCGCUUCCUGUUCCUCCACCUCUUCCUAAAUUUACUGACAACUGUCCAACAAAUAAUUAUUUUCCUUCUUCUUCAAGGAGAACUGAACAAGAAGAGUGUCCUGUAACUAUUGAGAAUCCAGUUUUAAUAUCUCCCUCGCCACCUUCUGCCUUCUCCGUGGAGACGAGAAUAUGUCCGGCAAAGCACGGCAUUGCUGUGUCACUCUGCCUGGUGGACACUAGAACUGCUUCUUCAACACGACUGGUCAAAGUUAAAGGCGCUGAAACAGAGGGUAAACCAGUUGGCUGGGUGUCUCCCAGCACAUGGGACAGUCGCUUUACUGGGACACAAACAGCCGCAAAAUCUAACAGUGUUUCGGAUAAGCACAUCCCAUCAGGUUUAACUGAGUGCAAAGUUGAGAAAGCAGGUGCAAUUGUUUCUGAAAAUUCACUGCUGGACAAAGGAAAAGAAACAAAGAUACACAAUAUGAGCAAAUAUGAGCUAACAGCCAAUGCUGUUGCACAAGGGGAGUAUAUUGAUAUACUGCAGGCCAAAAUGCUCUUUGGGAAAGAUCAGCCAUUGGAGAAGCCCUGCACCCCAUGCAUGGUAAGGCGACAGGGUGGACAGGUUGCCAGAGCCCAAGAUCUGAAAUGCCGAUACAGGGACUCCUACCAGGCUGCAAUACAAAACCCUGUCGCCUUUGGAACAGAGAGAUCCAGAGGGAAUAUAUUAGCUGUGGUGGAUGAGGACGCAGUGGUGGACACUUCAGAAAAGUGUGAACUGGUUAUUGUUGAAGGGCAGAAUGUCAGGCGAAAAGAGAGCACUCAUACUAGUGCAGAGAUUCCUCAGCUACAUGUGGUAAAAUGUAAAAACAGCACUGCCUUUGGAUUGGUUUCACCCAAAAUCAACAGGAGGAAAAAAGUCAUUCCAGCUGGUGAGCAGCCUGGGCCUACUUCUGUAACAAGUGGGAAUGACCAUCAAACAGAGAAACUGUCACCGACAGAUUCAACCAAGGCAGAGACACAGAGGGUGCGUCAACCCAGACCCCACCACCUCUCCCUCGGAUCCCCAGACCCCAAGAAGCAUCCACUUUAUCUAGGAGCAGCAUCUCUCACAGGCUGCAAAGACAGGAUGGGGAGGGCAAUAGUGGAACUCUAUGGAGAUCAUCACGGAUGGCGAUCGACCGUGACGAGCCAGGAGCUCUUCCAGAUGCUGCUCUACUUCUACUCUAUCACCAGGAAGGAAAUCAGAGAAGCUGGGAUGACUCUCAUUUUUGAUGCUCGUAGGAAGAAUCCUCAACCACAGCUCUACAAAGCUUUGAUGGCUCUUCAAGAGCAGUGUCCCUGCGCAGUGAGCAGUUUUGUGCUGCUGGUAGACAAAGACAACCGUCAGCCAGAACGAUGUCCUGGGAUACAGACUGAUCUGGUGACUUCGAUAAAAGCUUUGCUCAAACUGGUGGAAGCGAAUCAGCUGAGCUCAGGUGUAGGUGGCUCGUCUGAUGGCCGCUGUGGCUGGAUGGAGCUCCACCAGAGACUCUUCCCAUUUGUUAUUGACCUCCAUGAGGCUUCGUGCCUGCUUCUGAGAGCCAUCAGUAAGUUAGAGGAACCGCAGAUGACAGAUACUGUACAGACAGUGCAGCAACGCAUGAUGGACCAGAAGACUUUGAUGAGGGACGUGCUGGACGACAGCCGAUUGGUCAAACUGCAAAGGGAGGGCGGAGCCGUUCUGGCAAGGUUAAGGAAGGAGAGUGACUUGAAAUACCCUCACUGCGAGGACCUCAGUGAUGCAGUGGACUCAGUGUCCAGUCUGUACAAUCAUGUGGAGGAGCAGGCUCAUGUCCUCGUGCAGAGGACAAACGUGUCCCUGGAACACCUGGAGUACCUGCUGCAGCUCAGAGAAAUGGAAGGACUCUUCUACCAGAUUCAGCAGUGGUUCAGUGCUGAAGGAGAGUGCCACCUGCUGGAAGCUGCAUCAAUUCAGAGCUCUGGAGACAGGAUGGAGCAGGUCCUCAACAGCUUCACAGGUUUCCUAAUUGAAGCUAACGACCGCAGGCACCACGCCAUGUCCUUAGUGUCAGAGGCAGAGAGGCUACAGCAGAGUGGACUUUCCUUCCCAGAGACAGAAACUUUCAGGGCUUUUGUUUGCACCUUCAAAUCAAGCCUGGAGGAUUUCCUGUGCAGAGCUGAGGCACGUGGCCGAGAGCUGCAGAUCAUGGUCAACGUGUGUGACUUCUGUGAGCAGGCUACGGAGCUGGCUGGUGAAUGCACUGAUUUUUUUACCCAAAGUCGAUCCAGAAUCCACACAAUACAAGACCUUCAAAGUGCCUCCCAGGCCAAUCAAACAAACACCUGCCCAGAUAAAUUCCAGGAGAUAAAAACCUUGGCUAGCACCCUGCCAGAUUCCCGUGGGAUACAGGUUUGGAAUGCUGCUUAUCUGAAAUGUCAAGAAGCUCAGGAGCUGCUCCACGAGAGGAUGCAGGUUCUGGAUGACGUUUGCCACCAGCAACCAGUUUCUAGCAGCUGCUGUGAAGGUCAUUAUGUUGAUGUGAUAAGCACCAAUGUUCAGACUGCAUCUCCUGGUGGACAGAUGUUGGUGGUACAGUCAACCCCUGGAUUCCGACAUCCACAGUGGGAGGAGGUUGUGUCAGGGGCAGCAGAUUUAGGAAAACGAAGGCCAAUCCUGGAUAGCAAGACCCCUCAUUCGACAACUGUGGCCUGCUGUAACAUUAUAAUCAAACCUGAAGACAGCAGUGAUGCUGGAGCAAGCCAGGAGUCAAAGGUCACCCCACAUUCACCCCACAGGUCAACAAGAAAAACCGACAGGGAGGCGAGGAGGAGACAGACGAGCAGAGCUAGAAGCGAGAGAGAUGCUGCUGCUCUGUCUCAGUCCCAUACUGUCGGCUGCCAGUGGUUUCCAUGGAAACGGGGUCCUGGCGUGCGGUCGGUCAGUCAGGACUCAUGCGCACCUAGAGUCGCGGCAGCUGGCUCAUCUCCAGAGCAGCAGCCUCGACCUCUGUCAUCGUGUUCCCACCACAGUCAGCCAUCUUCUCGAAUCCUCCAGGAAGCUCAGAAGUUUCAGAUCUCCCGCCACGGGAGCUUCUGCUCCGACGAGGAGUCAUGUAUGAGCGACCGGGGGGCUGCGGGGGGGAUUGGGACUGUGUGCUGUAAACACUCCAGCCUACCCACUGAGCGAUACGGAGGAGCGUUUUAUUUGUCCAGUUCACCAGAGAACACCAACAGUGCCCUGAGGCUGCAGCGCAUCAUGGACGAGCUGGUGCUCACAGAGAGGGAGUACGUGCGCUCUCUGGGUUACAUCCUGUCACACUACCUCCCACUGAUGGACAGGUUGGACAUUCCUCAGGACCUUCGGGGCAAGCGUGGGGUCAUCUUUGGAAACUUGGAGAAGCUUUAUGACUUCCACAGUCAUUAUUUCCUACUGGAGCUGGAGGCCAGUGAGAGGCAGCCGGGCAUGGUGGCUCGCUGCUUUCUCAGACAUAGCGGGAGUUUUGGCCUGUAUGCGUUGUACAGCAAGAAUAAACCUCAGUCAGAUGCUCUGAUCUUGCACCAUCGCCAUGAUAUCUUCAAGAAGAAGCAGCAGGAGCUGGGGGACAUGAUGGACCUCUCAUCCUACCUGCUGAGACCCAUUCAGAGGAUCAGCAAGUACAGCCUCCUGCUGCAGGACAUGCUGGCGUUAGUCUCCUCACGCGCAUCAAGAGACAGGACACAUGACACUGUGGAGAGAGCUGACAUCCAGGCUGCGGCGGACCUCAUUCAGUUUCAGAUGCGUCACGGCAACGAUUUGCUCACAAUGGACGCUAUCCAGGACUGCGAUGUUAAUCUAAAGGAGCAGGGACAGCUGAUUCGCCAGGAUGAGUUCACAGUUUUCUUCAGGAAGAAGAAAUGUGUUCGCAGACUCUUCCUCUUUGAGCAUCUGAUUCUCUUCAGCAAGCCCAAAGGGACAAACGUUGGAAAUGAUGUUUAUGUCUACAAACAGUCGUUAAAGACAAACGAUGUUGGGAUGACCCAGAACUCUUGUAUGGGCAGUUUGUGUUUUGAGAUCUGGAUCCGCAGGAGAAAACAUGAGGACACCUACACUCUGAAGGCAUCCAGCCUUGAGGUGAAGAAAGCCUGGACCACUGACCUGGAGAGGAUACUGUGGGACCAGGCAGCUCACAGCAGAGAGCUGCGUCUGCAGGAAAGGGUGUUCAUGGGAAUGGGUCGUGAACCCUUCAUGGACAUCCAACCCAGUGAUGCUGCAAUUUGUGACCGAGCCGUCGGUUGUGUCCUGCCUGGGAGAGGUAAGAAGGGUUUAGAAUAUCCCCGACCACGCUCCAUCGGAUCCGGCAGCACCACCUCCACCACCCUCAGCCAAUCAUCGUCCUCCUCUGGUCGCGGCUCACUACCCCCUGCUGGUUAUCCUGGGAACCCAUCACAAUGA